ACUUCUGGGGCCCUACAGGACCUGUGACUACUGAGGUGGUUGACAGUGAGAGGAACCUGUACCGAGUUCAGUUCCCUGUGCCUGGUUCCUACCACUGUCCCAACAUAGGACUCUGCUUUGUGGUGACAAGGGCCGUGACCAUCGAGAUUGGAUUCUGUGCCUGGAGCCAACACCUGGACAAGACUCCCUUGCAGCACAGUCACAUGGUGGCUGGGCCUCUGUUUGACAUCAAGGCUGAGCAGGGAGCUGUGGCUGCUGUGUACCUUCCUCAUUUUGUGGAUCUCCAAGAGGGACAGGUGGACGUCUCCUGGUUCAAGGUGGCCCACUUUCAAGAACAUGGGAUGGUCCUAGAAACGCCAGCCAGAGUGAAGCAGCACCACACAAUAUUGGAAAACCCAAGCUUCUCCCCAAUGGGAGUUCUACUGAGAAUAAUUCCUGCUGUCGGGCUCUUCAUCCCAAUCACUUCCAUCACAUUGAUCUACUAUUACGUCAAUCUCAAUAAAGUCACCCUUCACCUCUACCUAAUUCCCAAUGACUGCACCAUUCGGAAGGCCAUUGAUGAUGAAGAAACAAAAUUUCAGUUUGUUCGAAUAAACAAGCCACCACCACUAGACUCUCUUUAUAUUGGCUCCCGCUACAAAGUGUCUGCUUCUAAGAAGCUGGAAAUCAUCCCAAAGGAACUAGAGCUGUGCUACCGGAGUCCUGGAGAAUCCCAGCUCUUCUCUGAGAUCUAUGCUGGCCACAUGAGUUCAGAGAUUCAGCUGACAAUCAGAGACAAGAAACAUAUGAAUCUCAUAUGGAAAGCCCUGCUGAAACCAGAGGACCUCAGAUCUGCACUGCCAAUGAUUCCUGCAGCCCACAAAGAUGCCCCUGCCUUGCUACACUUCGUGGACCAGCAUCGGGAGCAGCUGGUGGCCCGAGUGACAUCAGUGGACCCUGUCUUAGACAAACUGCAUGGUGUUGUGCUGAGUGAAGAGGAAUAUGAGGUGGUGCGGGCUGAAGCCACCAACCAAGACAAGAUGAGGAAGCUCUUCAGCCUCAGCAGGUCCUGGACCAGGGCCUGCAAAGACCGAGUCUACCAAGCUCUGAAGGAGACCCAUCCUCACCUGAUCAUGGACCUCUUUGAAAAGUCAGGUGGGAUCUCUGUGGGAUCCUGACAUCUUAGUGGCUGAGAGGCAAGUACUCUCCUUUGAGUCCUGGCUCUGCCUGACAUUCCUUUGGUCCUCAGUUUAUCUAUAAACCUGUGGCCAUCUGAGUUGCCUUUUUGAGGGCACUGUUUCCAGGACACCCCUUGGAGACCCAGAUGUUCCCCCUUGGCCUUCUGCAGCCAGAUGUUCUCAUGGGAUGAGCAUCUCAGAAAACUUCCAGUGGAGCCAGCAAGUCUACUCAGGCCCUGUUGAGCCUGCUCUCAUGGCCUGAGUGGCCCGGCUUGUGCCCAUCUGACCCACCAUGAUACAGGCAGAACUGGAAGUGUAGGAAUGGACACAAGGAGAUGGUCCUUUCCCUGGAAAGUCAAUAUCUUAUGAAUAGGAAAGGAUGACGGCUUCUCACACAUUUCCCAUCUCUUUUUCCCAAAUAAUUUUUAUAUAACUUUAGCUAUUUAGAUAUAUAAGUAUAUAAAUCAAACAUUUUUACUGAAUAUAAAUCUUAAAGAAUUUUAUAUUAAAACAACUGCUUGUUAUAAUACAAUUUUACCAUUUGUUAAAGAUGACAGCAAAUUUCAAAACUAGUGAGAUGGAUUAUUUAUAUUUGCAUGUGGAGUUAAGUCUUGGUUGAAUAUUUGAUGCCAUAGACGGAAGAGAAACUUCAGUGUCUCUCAGACUCGGUGGAUUUUUGCAUCUCUUGUGCUUUACACAGAUGUGCAGGGCACAUUCCCAGUUGGAAAUUCUGUCCUAAUCCCAAGCCAAAAAUUUACUUACCACAACUUUCUGUAACUCAAGUCAGAAACUCAAAACACAAAUUUUAAAAUCAAAUGGUCUCACAUAACACAAUGUAAAGAUAUGCUAAUGAUACUCACAUGU